UGCCACCUGUCAGUGCUCAUCAGUGCCAGUGCCCAUCAGUGCCACGUGCCAGUGCCCAUCAGUGCCACAUCAAUGCCACAUAUCAGUGCCCAUCUGAGCUGCCUUUCAAUGUCGCCCAUCAGUGACAGUCAGUGCCACCUAUCAAUGCCAAUCAGUGCCACCUAUCAGUGCUGCCAAUCAGUGCCAGUCAUCAGUGCCGCUUAUCAGUGCCAGCCAGUGCUGCCUAUCAGUGCCAGUCAGUGCCGCCUAACAGUGCCAGUCAGUGCUGCCUAACAGUGCCAGUCAGUGCCACCUAUCAGUGCCAGUCAGUGUUGCCUAUCAUU